AUGCUUUCGUGCUUUGAUGAAAUAUUUGACGAGAUUAAACAAAAUUGGAAAGCUGCACACGGGGCCACGACUCUAGACUACAAUUUGGGUGUCAUGAAUGAGAAGUUUCUUGAUGAGGAAUCGGUAGUCACGAUGAUCAAUCAGAUCCUCUGUCCCAACUAUUAUGCCAUUCAAGAAAGGUUGGUUUUCUUUCAGAAUCAUCUAAACGGACUAAUAUUCUGUAAUUUUGUGCCUAUGAAUAUGGUUCAUUUUUUUUUUUUUUCAUACUUUGUUUUGGAUGGUUCUGCCGACACUGAAAUGGCUUCUUUCAUUAGACCUAAGAAGUCAUACAAAUAUAGUGACGUCGCUCUUAUUGCCUCAAUAACAUACUUGGUUUUGAUUUUUUCGAGGUACAACAGCAAAGAUGAAGAGGGUUUGCAGUAUCAACUACGAAUAGAUGCAGAUCAGCUACGGUUGUUGAUCCUCCGACUUUUGAACAUUUCGCAGUUCCGAAAAAAGGCAACUCACCAGGCAUUGCUCUCCCUUAUCGUGUUAAGGUGCAGCCUUUUCGUCUACAACAAUUUGGAGGGAGUCCAUGAAAGCUUUAAUUCUUAUCCAUUGUUUCAAUUGUGCUUAGUACUUUGUUAUCAAAUGGGAUUACACGCCGACCAUAGCGGGGUGGACGUAAUGGUGUACAAAGAUACAUCUGCAAUGAAAACUCGCACAAUGUCUUUAUCCGAGACGAGAGAAUUAUGGAACUAUAUGCAAACUGAGGAUGCUGUGUAUUCAAUCUCUCUCGGCACUCCACUUCUCAUUAACUACGAGUUUUGUGCUGAAUUUAGUAGCACACCAUCUGAUCUGUUUUUCCAGAAAAGGCGUCGAGAUAUUGUGUCGCUAAUGAGGGAAGUCGCCAUUACAACUAAUUACAGAAAAGAUUGCUCAAUAAAUGAUGUGCUUACUUUGCUUGACAAGGUUACUUUUUUUUGCUAUCAGACAUCGACUACUAUGUUUACGACCUCUCAGAACAGCGAUUUGGAUGAGCUGGCGUAUUUUUGCAAGAUUAAGCUUUUACUUUUGCAGAAUAUUCAGAAUUUAUGCCAUAUGGUGAUUCUGGGUGUCAAUGAGCUUCAUCGUACGCACAAUAACGAAGUACGGAAGCCUGAAAACUUGCAGCUGCUUAGAAAUCUCUCCAAGGAAAUGUACAGGCAGUCCUUGAUUUCUGCAGUGGUAGGUGUUUAUCUUGUCAAACUUAUCUGUGAGGGUAAGACUGUAUUUGGGGAAGGAACCAACACUAAGUACCUUGUAUUCUUUAGAGAUGCACUCUCCGCAUCAAUGAUGCGGUCAUUUAUUGUUUGGUUUACAUUUUUGCUUCCGAAGGCUGUGAAGAGUUCUGAUAUGUUGAAUGAGCUACAGAAAGAGACAAUGCUACGUGACUACCCACCAAAGGAAAAUGGCUAUAAGAAGGAAAUCGAUGUCUAUGUGUUAGAACGAGCUCUAUAUCAUAAGUAUACUCAUGAGGACGAGAAACUCGGGGAGCAACUUGUCACUAAACUUAUUUCCCCUUCGGAACUAUUGAAGUUUGCAUCUUUCCAUAAUAAGGUUAGCCAAAAUGCUAUUAUUAAAAGUAGCAUUGAUUCUUUCCUUGCCUUUAAGACUGUUAUAGUCUGGAUUUACAUUUUACAGACGGUGAAAGAUUGCAGAAGUGAGUUGGAAAAUGGCCAUGCUACAAUGCAGGAGAUUGUGAUUAAAACCAAAGAACAGAUGCGCAACAAUGGCGGUAUGGGCAAAAUUGAAGACGACGUCCUCAUAACAGAAGAUGAGCAAUUGAAAAAGAUGUUCGAUUCAAUUAUGGCAGAUCAAGGCUAUUCCAAUAUCACCGGAUCCAUCUUUGAUCUUCCAGUCAAUUAG